GUGACACUCUAGCUGCACUGUUCUUGUGGUUGUGGAUGGACGCAGUGUUACCAUUGGUCACUUCCCCCAGGAAUCAGGAUCAGGCAUCACAAUGGAGAAUGAGCAGCAUACGCAGCAGAAAAUCAUUGACCCAAUGGAACGCAAUCUUGUCCUGGCUGACUACACAACACAGUCAGUGGCCUAUAUUGUGCACUCAGCCACCCAAUAUUCAGUGGGAUAUAAAAAAAUUAAAGAAUACUUGGUCAACGAAAAUGUGUCAGAGGGAAACAUCCACAGUAAACCAUAUACUGCAGGUUUGUCUACUGUUGGCCACCGAGGGAAGGUUUUGGUGACCUGGGAUCCUAAGCACGAAGGAGGAGCGACCAUGAAGGUUUACAUCCAAAAUGACAAUCCUAUAUACGUGCGAGACUAUGAUGCAAAUGGGGACCCUUGUGAAUUGAUUGGUUGAGCUUGGAAUUGGCAGGUGAUAGGAUAGUUUUCAAAAAAAAAAAAAAAAAAAAAAAAA